CUCAACCAGAAAGAAACCGGAAGUAGAGAAGGCGAUUGUUUACUCUUCCUACGGUGGCCCAAAGGAGCAGCGAAGUAGGCGUAGGAGAAUUUAUCAUAUUCUCACAGUCGCGAUGUCUUUUAAGAGGGAAGGGGACGACUGGAGUCAGCUCAAUGUGCUCAAAAAACGGAGAGUUGGCGACUUGCUGGCUAGUUACAUCCCUGAGGAUGAGGCACUGAUGCUGCGGGAUGGACGCUUUGCUUGUGCCAUCUGCCCCCAUCGCCCAGUACUAGACACCCUGGCCAUGCUGACAGCCCACCGUGCAGGCAAGAAGCAUCUGUCCAGUCUGAAGCUUUUCUAUGGCAAAAAGCAGUCAGGCAAGGGAACAGAGCAAAAUCCAAGACAGCAGAAUGAACUGAAGACAGAAAGCAAAGCUGAGGCUCCUUUGCUAACCCAGACUCGAAUAAUCACCCAGAAUGCUCUGCACAGAGCUCCCCACUAUAAUAGUUGCUGCCGGAGGAAGCACAGACCAGAAGCCCCUGCUCCGUGUGUCUCCAGUUCUCCUUUGCCAACUCCAGAGGUCGAACUCCAGAGUGCAAAGAUCAGUAAGGAACCUGAGCCUAGGGAGAGAUCAGAUGCCAAAGACCCAGCAGCUCCCGUGGCCUCUGCACCCAUGAGCCCCACAAAACGACGAGUCUUGAACCAUUACCUCACCCUUCGAAGCUCUGGAUGGGUCCCAGAUGGACAAGGUCGAUGGAAAAAAGAUGAAAAUGUUGAGUUUGACUCUGAUGAGGAAGAGCCCCCUGAUCUUCCUGUGGACUAGUAAUAAUACGCCCUUUCCCAUUUGUCCUACAAGUAAACUGCAGUGGGUCCGGGGAGCACACUGAUUCUUGUUCCAUCUUAGCAUUUCAAGUCUGCUCCUUCUCAGGCUGGCCACUCCUUCCCUACAAGGUACAUGGCUCCCCAUACUUCUGCCCCCUCCCCCACUUUCUCUCAAAACCUUGCCAAGCGUCAGCUGCAUUCAGCACGGUGCCCUAUUAAUAAGUCUGUCAGAAAGAGGUCGCUGCCCUUCAUGGAGUCUGACUCCUUCCCCACCUUCACUCUGAGUCCUUUUCUCACAGAUCACAUGUGGACUGUGGAUAGGCACUAAGGGGCUCUGGUCACCUCUGUCUGCACCUCUGUCAAAGAGGACUGAGGCUGAGUACCCUGUGGAGAGACUAAAGCCUUUGGCAGAUUUAUGGGGAACACGACAGGCAGAGCUCCCCCUCCUCCUGGUAACCUGAACCUCCCUGCCUGCUGAUCCCCAGAGUAUAAAUAAUCUCUUGAUGAACUGGCAGUAACCCUUGGAGGGUAGCGCCAAGAUUCCCACCCCAAUCCAGGCAAGGAGACAGGCGGCGUGAACAAAAGGGAUUUUAUUUACAGGAAAGGAGAGAGAUGAGGAUCUAUGUGUCCCAGGCUCUCAUCUCUUGUUGGUAAAAGGAAGGGUGAUGUUAUCUCUUCUUUUGCUGACGACCUGGAAAGGAAGAGUGAAGAGAAGAACGGUAAACAGAGCUCCAUCUGUUGCUUUGGCAAGGGUGUGUUUCUUCCCGUUCCUUGGGCAGACUCAUAAGGUGCUGCCUUGGGCCACCUGAUGGGCCUGUUCCAUGUUGACAAAACAGUCAAGAAUGCACACCUGAAAAUAAAAGAACUCUAGAGGUACAA